UCUCGAGGCAAUAAGUUGGGAACUUUACUCGGCGUCUUCCUGCCAUGUGUCCAAAAUAUCUUUGGCGUCAUUCUCUUUGUAAGAGUCACCUGGAUCAGUGGAGUGGCUGGCGGACUUCUGAGCUUCUUCAUCGUGUUCAUUUGCGUCAGCUGUGAAUGGCGACUCACUGACGAUGCCGACUAUGAUGCAGGCGAAACGUCUGGGAAUGUACCACGUCCACGGUCCGACUUUGUAAAUGAUCAUACACACAAUGGACUCGGGACUAGGCGUGUUCCUCUAAGUCUUCCUACCGAUAUGAUCAAGUUGUGA